AUGGCUUCCAUUGGAACGAUUUAUACGUACCCGUUCAAUCCUCGGGUGAUGAAGGUUCAAGCGGCUGCGGCCCUGAACGGACGUACGGUGGAUAUUGCCCCGGAUUUUAUCAUGACCAAAACCAACAAAUCACCCGAGUUUCUACGCGAUUUUCCUCUGGGCAAGGUGCCAACCUUCAAGAGUGUGACCGGUAUCAAACUCUUCGAGUCAGAUGCCAUUGCGCAGUACGCCGCUGAAAGUGGACCCGCCAGCAGCCAGCUGCUGGGCUCCUCUGUGGACGAGCGUGCCCUGAUUCGUCAGUGGACCGAAUUCGCCGACCACGAGCUAUUCGAGCCCUUGCAGAAUAUGGUGCUCUGGCGCUACAGCAUGGCUCCGUUCGACGAACCUCUCGAAGCGACUUCCUUUCAGCGGCUGGAAGUCUCCCUCUGCGUUCUGGAGGGGCAUCUUCAGGAUCGCGAAUAUCUAGCGUCAGGACAUGUCAGCAUGGCUGACCUUUCCGUCGCGGCGGCAAUGUACUGGGGCUUUGGACAAGUUGUGGAUGCGGACAUGCGGUCCAAGUAUCCUUUGACGGUGGAAUGGUACCUGCGAGUGAUCGAACAGGAGGGGGUCAAGCAGGCAUUUGGCGAGCCGAACUUCAUUGAAAAUCGGGUUGUCUCACCGGAUGGGAACGCUCGGUAG